AUAAUUACAACUGUGCGCAUUGCACACAAGUAUUUGUUCAUUCUAACUGUGAACUCUUUAGGUGUAGCGUUAGUUGCAUGUGGCAGUUCUUCCGUAACUUGUCAACUAUUCUUUUUUCAACAAACUCAUCUUUGUAAAUAAAACCGUUUUCUUCUUUCAAUCCUAAUGUGUACUGGAUAUUCUUCUAAGAAUUCAGAAUAUGACAGACACCAAUAUGUUUCACGACUUCCUGCAUGCUUGUCAAAAUGGCGAUUUAUCUAGAGUGGAAAUCCUCGUAUCGAAAAACAACAUUCAAGAUUGGACCCCCUUCCGGUACUCCGUUUCCGGUGAUACCGCGUUGCAUGUUGCAGCGCGUGAGGGCCAUUUGAAUAUCAUUCGUUACUUAUGCGAGGCUUUCGAUAAGCCGGACUUCAGAAUCGACGUUGUCAACAAAGACAUGAAAAGGCCGCUGCACGAGGCGGCGCAAUUCGCUCGUAGUGAUGUCCUGAUAUAUUUAAUUAAGAAAGGUGCGACCGUAGAUUGUUUGAAGCGCGCCGAUUGGACGCCACUCAUGCUGGCUUGUACGAAAACCGGAAGUAAGGCCUGCGAAUGCAUCGCCGCGCUCUUGGAGGCGAAAGCAAAUCCCCUUUUACGAAAUAAAGACGGAUGGACACCUUUGCAUAUAGUUUGUCGCUCUGGCGACGAAAAUGCCUUUGAUUUAUUGACUAAUCAAUCCGUUGAUUGUAUAAAUGAUCGAACCAAUAAUGGUCGCAGUGUUAUGCACAUCGCUGCUUUUCAUGGGCACAAGGCUUUAAUCGAUCGUCUUGUAAAACUUAAUGCAAAUAUGUUAAACGCGCGAGAUUCUUCGGGGUCCAUUCCCCUCCAUGAGACCAUUAAAGGAGGCCACUUGAGUCUAGCGAAGCGAUUAAUAGAAUUGGGAGCUGAAAUAGGAGCUGAAGACAAUGUUGGUCAAACUAUUCUGCACGUGGCAGCUUUAGCCGGGGAUGUGGAAGCUGUUAAAUAUAUUUUGGAUAACAAAUUAAUCGAUGUCCAUAGAGAAGCGUUGUUUAAUGUAACGCCUUUAAUUGCAGCUCGAAGAAGCAAUCAGAAAGAUACGAUCGAAUGUCUGAUUCAAUAUGGUGCUGUUAAAUAAAUUGUCUUUGUUUCUGAAUAUUUGAAAUAAAUAAAAUUGUCUACUUGAUUCCUAAAUAAAACAUGACAAAUUUGUUAUUCAGA